ACGAAAGGAAUAAUUGUUAAUAAAAAAAAUACUGAAAAAAAAAAAAGGAAGGUGAAAGGCAAAAGAAGCUUUUUCAGGUCUCCACCUGAAGAAAGGAAAAAGAAAAUAUCAAAGCUUCUCUCCAACGAUGAGUCUCUUCGGUCUCGGCAGAAAUCAGCGGACAUUCCGCCCAAAAAAAAGUGCACCUUCAGGAAGUAAGGGUGCACAGCUUAAGAAGCACAUUGAUGCCACCCUAGGCAGUGGAAACCUAAGGGAAGCUGUAAGGCUACCUCCUGGGGAGGAUUUAAAUGAAUGGCUUGCAGUCAACACUGUGGAUUUCUUCAAUCAGGUGAAUCUGCUCUAUGGUACACUCACAGAGUUUUGUACUCCUGAGAACUGUCCUACGAUGACUGCAGGCCCUAAGUAUGAAUAUAGAUGGGCAGAUGGUGUGCAAAUCAAGAAACCUAUUGAGGUUUCUGCUCCAAAAUAUGUUGAAUAUCUAAUGGACUGGAUCGAAGUACAGCUUGAUGAUGAAUCCAUAUUUCCUCAAAAGCUUGGUGCACCAUUUCCACCGAACUUCAAGGAGGUCGUGAAGACAAUAUUCAAAAGACUGUUCCGCGUGUAUGCGCACAUCUAUCACUCUCACUUUCAGAAAAUUGUGAGCCUUAAGGAGGAAGCCCAUUUGAACACAUGCUUCAAGCAUUUCAUACUGUUUACUUGUGAAUUCGGGCUGAUCGACAAGAAAGAGCUAGCUCCACUGCAAGAGCUGAUAGAAUCCAUCAUAGUCCCCUACUAAAAGUGUGAGGUUUGGAGAUCCCCAGAACGAGAAAGAUUUUAACUUUAGGGAUGAUGCAUAAGUAAUAAGUUAGACUGCUUUAGUAUUUGACUUUUAAAGAAAAAAAGUCUCUAUUUCUCUAUGUUAUAAAUGCAAACCCAUGUGCAAUAUAUGCCUUGGAUUUCUAUAAUUGCAGGGACUGACCCUGUUGUUAUUUUUCUUUCUUUCCAUUUUCUUUUUGGGGUGCAUGGAUGAAGCACUUUGCCAAAAUGCCAUCGGCUUGUCCUGAAAGUAAUCAAAUCAAAGCCUUAAUUUCCAUUUAA